AUGACACGUGGACCACAAUGUGAUCGCGAGCGGGCUCGUGCUGAAGCUAGAAAUGCCAAGCAUGAAAAGAAGGGCGCUACAGGCGAUCUUGCCACAAGAAAGGAACGUGAUGCUGCAGCAAUGCGCGCUAAACAAGAAGCUGCCGCCGCAAAGAAGGCUGCUGGUGAACAGUAG